CUGACAGUUUUUAAUUGAAAAUUUAUAUAUUUAAAAAUAAGAAUUGUUUCGAAUAAAGUUUUAUACGUUUCUUUUGUUUCUGUAAAAAAAAUAUUCUAUAACAAUUUUGUAUUUGAAAAUUAUAAUAAUAGAAGAAAUUUAAAAAUGAAUGUGUUAUCAACGAUAUUUCCACUCGUUUUAUUUGGUAUUACUUUUGAUUACUGGACAAUAAUCCAUCCGUUAGUACAAUGUAUUUUAAGAGCAUUUAUAUUCAUUUUAUAUUUGAUAACGUAUCCAAUAAUUAGAAUGCGACUUAAAAAACGUCAAUAUUGUCCUCCUGUGAUAAAUAAUAUAUUAUUUUGGCCAGCUACUGAAAUUGCUGUCAAAAUUCGUACCAAGCAGAUCACUAGCGAGGAAGUUGUAUCGAUAUUCAUCGCUCGUUGUAAGGAAGUCAAUCCUAUAUUGAAUGCCAUCGUAGAAAACAAUUUUGAAAAAGCGAUAAUACAAGCUCGCAUGGUAGAUCAAUUUUUAAAAGAAACUAGUAUUAGUGAGAUGAAUCUUGAACAGGAUAUGCCAUUACUUGGAGUUCCUGUAACAGUUAAAGCGAGUAUUGCUGUUAAAGAUUUUUGUUACGCUGUUGGAGAGGUAAGUCAAAAACACGUCAAGGCCGAAAACGAUGCACUCGUAGUAGCAAAUCUUCGUCGAGACGGUGCUAUUAUUUUAUUAACGAGUAAUGUACCGGAAUAUUGUAUGUCCUGGGAAACUAUGAACAAUAUCACUGGUAGAACAUUAAAUCCUUAUGAUACACGAAGAACACCAGGUGGUUCGACGGGUGGCGAGGGUGCACUUAUAAGUAGCGCUGCUUCUGUGAUUGGUGUUGCAUCUGAUGUGGCUGGAUCAGCAAGAUUGCCUGCUAUGUUUUGCGGUGUUUUUGGUCACAAACCAUCAUCCAAUUGGGUUUCAUCCAUGGGUCAUAAACCAGUUGCGAUAAACAAAACAUGGAAUUCUAUUUUUACGAUUUCUGUAAUGACAAGAUACGCUGUUGACAUACCUCUGAUACUAAAAAGUAUUGCAACAUGUGACGAAUGCAAAAAAUAUCUUAACACCAAGGUAGAUAUAAACAAAAUCAAGGUUUAUUAUAUCACUGAUGAAUUAUCAGCGAUAUUGUGUUCACCAAUUGACGAAGAAAUCAAAGUUGCUAUUAGAAAUGUUGUAGAACAUUUAAAUUCGACUUUUGGGUGUCCAAUUAAACAAUUGAAAUUACAAAAUAUGAAAUAUGCGUUUGAAAUAACAGCUGUUAUUCCUUCUGAAGUAGAUAAGUUGGAAACCAUUUAUAAUUUAGGAGAUGGUUCGAAGCCAUGGAAAAGUGUAUUCAUCGUUCUGUUGAAACGAUUAUUUAGACUUAAUUUACACACAUCGACAAGCAUAAUAUACGGAUUUAUCUUUAGAAUCUUAAAAAUGUUACCAUCGUGGUAUCAUAAAGCUGUUACGAAAAAACGUGAUGUACUUAAGAAAGAAUUGAAAGAAAUUUUAGAUUCGAAUUCUGUUUUGAUUUGCCCGACUUUUAAUUCAUGUGCUUAUUAUCAUUCAGAAAUGUACACCAAUAUUUUGAAUAUUGGUUAUAUGACUAUUUUUAAUGCGUUGAGUUUUCCUGUAACACAAUGUCCAAUGGGUUUAAAUAGCAAGGGUUUACCCAUAGGUUUGCAGUUGGUCGCUAACGAUAAAUGCGAUAAUUUAACCAUCACAUUGGCUAAAGAGAUUGAAAACAAAUUCGGUGGUUGGCAAUUACCACCAAGUAAUACUAAUAAAGAUAAUGAUAUCGAACUUGAUAAUGGUUAUACGGAUUCUAAUUCCAAAAUUACCAGGAAAAUGAAUAAAAUAUCGUCGACAAAUAAUAUCAAAUAAUAACAAAGAUGCUGUAUUAUAGAUUGUAGAAUAUAUUGUUGAAUAUUAUAAUUGCUAUGUUAUUUUAUAUAUAAAAAAAAAAUAUAUGAUAAUUGAAUCU